AUGCCGGGGUAUUGGGUGCCGAAGUCGGUUGUGUUUGGGGAGCUGCCGAAGACGGCGACUGGGAAAAUACAGAAGCAUUUGUUGCGGGCCCGGGCGAGGGAGAUGGGGCCCGUUAAGAUGAGCAGGAUUUACUCUGCUUUCGGAGCUAUGCUGGAUUUGACCCUCUACAAACCUGGUGAAAACUGUUGCUUCAGAAGCGCAGUGAUUAAUUACGUGUCUCCCCAUAGUUCACAGCGGGUGAUCAGCAUGGGUUCUGGUCGACUGAUCGACGGUACUUGGCAAGCAAGGGUACUGAUCGGAUGA